AUGCAUAAACGAAAACUGGAUAAACUUGCAGAGCACGAAAUGCUCAACAAAAAGAACAAGCAAGAAGCCACCACAUCCAACAAUUCUUCCAAUUCCAAACCUACUUCGCCAACGAAUAGUGCAAACAAAAUUGGUACGAGCAUAGCAACAAAAGACCUCACAACCGCAACGUUACGUUUAAAAUUUGUAAAUCGUGAAAAAGAAGCUGAACGAAUCGUUAAUACCUUAGCUUCCAAUAAGCAUUCGUCUCUGAGCAAUAGUAAAUUAGUGUCCCUAUUUCAAACUUUUGGAAUUGGUAAAACGAGUUUGGUAAGAAGGUUCAGAGAGGUAUAUGAAUUCAAAUAUGGCGUAUGGAAAGAGGAGUACAAAUGGAUUAGAGACUUACAGUUAUUUGAAUUGGAUUUUAGAUAUUUUCCCAUAGUUCUUUAUUCAGGGCAAACUAUUGAAAGUAUGAGCCAAAAAAUUGCUGAUUUUGUGGUUUGGUCCUAUGAAUGCCAAUUAAUUCAAAAAGCAAUAGAAAACACACCACCAGAACUUUUAAAACAACGACGAAGAUUUCACCAAAAAUUGAAGAAUAUUACAAAUCAAGAGCAUUAUUCAGCAAGCCAAAUAUUUCAAGCUUUAAAUAGUGAUGAAUCCUUACCUGAAGGAUAUUUAGUAUUUAUUGAUGAAGUAGAUGCAAUUUUGUUGAAUGAUUUUGAAGGACAAUUGAAAGAUUCUAAAUGGAACACAUGUAAGAUAGGUUGUGAUGAUCUGUAUUUGAGUCGGUUUCAAGAAUUAUGGUCAGAUGUUACUCACCUUAUUACUCCCAUUAGGAGUACUGUUAUAUUUAGUGGACAUAUUCCAGUACAUUUGGCUUUGCAAGAAAAUAAUCAAAUAUUCAAAGGAAGUUUACCUUCUGAUUACUGUCUUGUCUUUUUGUCCUCAAUGACAAAAGAAGUUAUUCAAAUAUUGCUUGAACAAAGUGUUGUGCAAAAAGGGGAAUGCAAAAUUUCACUAUUAGAUGCUUUCAAGUUGUUAGGAUUAAAUGAUAUUGAGGAAUUUAUAGAUAUUCUUGUGGAUUAUACAGUUUUGGAAGAUAAUGUCAUCAAGAUUAUCAUUCCCAAGCUAAUGAAAGAUAGUAUUUUAAAGAACUUGGCACAAUUUAAAGCACCUAUCAGUGGAAUUCGUUACCAAUUAUUGCAAAACAAUAACAAUGUUCUCAAAGCUCCCAAGGCAUUGGAAUUAUCGGUCAUUGAUCUAUUGGCUGAAAUGUUAGUUAUCUCAUUUACAAAAACAAGAGAAGUUAUUCUAUUUGGGGAUUUAUGUGGUGGCAUAUUCAAAGAUACCUUUUUUAGUAAUUUAGAAUUACCUUCCAAUUUUGAAACACAUAAUAAGUUAAUUCCUGGAUUUUCACCAACAAGUACGACUGAGAAGUUCGACUACCAAACGAUGGGAUUUGGAAAGUACCUAAAAACUAGUUAUACAUCAUUUAUUUCAGUGUUAGAUGACGCUAUGAGUGGAAAUCAAUUUUGUGCUGCUAUUCCUGGUGGAGAAACAAAUACUGGAUUUGAUAUAUUAAUAACUUUGAACAAAACUUCAUCUCAAUUAUUAAGAAAAUUAUUAUUGUUUGAUGUGGAAUUGUUUGAAAAGAAUUUUACUAAGGAUCUUUUACAAAAGGAAAUCGAUCAAGCGGUAAAUUUCCUACCCAAUACCUAUAGCUGUGAUGAAAAACCAUCAUUACAGGGAGAUAAUUUACACUUUUUAUUAAUAAUGGUAGUUCUGGGAUUUUCAGACGAAUUGCAGAGAGUCAUUGAAAAUAAUGCUGAUAAUUCUGGAUCACUUCUAAUAACAGAAACAUGCUAUUUACAGGACGAUGGAAAAUUAAGCUACACAAAGUCAAGGGUUGGAACAGAGUCUUGGUUACAAUUGAAGAAAGGAGGUUUUCAAGUAUUAUUACUGUCUAAGAAGGGCUUGCAGAAUUUAUUAAGCAAUGAAUUGUAUUCUCUAUUUCAUAAUUACUGUACGAAAAAGAAAGAUUUGUAUAGAGAAAUGAUUUGUUUUCAGUCUGGAUUCUUUCAAAAUAAUUCAUCCCCACAAACUUUAGAAUAUUCACAUACUCCUUUUUCAGAUAUAUCAUCAAAUAUUGCAAAUAUUGGAUCCUCUCAAAUGCACACUGUUUCACAAUAUUCUACUAGUGUUUUAAAUAUUCCAGCAUUACAGAGAGCUUCAGGAAGGAUAAUAAUUGGUAAUGUUGUUCUCGAUAAAUUAACUCCAAAAUGUUGGAAAGAAGACGAAAUACAUGUUUUAUUGAAAGAGUGUAUUGGAAUAUCCGAAAACAGGCUUGUGAUUGUUGAAAUUUAUGGAAGUGAUUUUGAAAAUAUUAUUGACGCACUAAUUAGUUUUAAUGGUGAUAAAGAAGCAAAGAUUAAACAUGCUCUCUCGCAACCAUUGGGAGUCGAAAGUGUAAUAAUUAAAAACACAAUUAUUAGAUGGGUUUUUAAUACUUUACUUGAAUAUACUAAUUAA